AUGGAAACCAACCAGAAUGGAGAAACCCAAUUCUCAAUCAGACCUUCGGGGGACAAUUUCGCCACCAGGUUGCUCUCUUUUGCCAUAUUGAUGAGCAUAAACCUGCAGAUCAGCCGCCCGUUACAAACGCUAAACCCCCAAAUCAUCGACGCGAAUCAGGAAGAAACCCUAAUCUUCUGCGCGCAGUUCCUUCUCCACGGACUGAAUAACAACAAUCCCGACGAGAGAACAAAGUUCUCGAAAACCCUAAGGAGAUUAGAGCCGAAGGCGGUGAUUCUUAGCGAGAACAACAUGGAUUGCAGCUGCAAUGGUUGCAUGGAUUCUGGAUGGAGUUUUCUCAAACGGUGGAGUCCUGUGGUGAUUUCUGGACUAGACGAGCUCGGCCAUCAAAGGGAGGGAGAGCGAGGAGAGGAGGAUGAUGGAAGGUGA